AUGAUGGAAGAGAUACCGGUAGAUAGAUUUCAGGUGCCUAGCGCUGUUCAGGCGGAGAUGCAGCCGCUUGACCCGGCAUCGUCCACGGCUUCUUCGGAGGCAGACUCAGACACGAGGGAGGGCGAGCCAGUCACUAUUAACUACAAGCCCUCUCCUCUGCAGAUGAAGAUAGAGAAACAGCGAGAGCUGGCCAGGAAGGGAUCACUGAAGAAUGGCAAUGCAGGAAGUCCAGUGAACCAGCAGCCCAAGAAGAACAAUGUCAUGGCCAGAACACGGCUGGUGGUGCCCAAUAAGGGCUACUCCUCCUUAGACCAGAGCCCUGAUGAGAAGCCCCUGGUGGCCCUAGAUACAGACAGUGACGAUGACUUCGACAUGUCCAGAUACUCCUCAUCGGGAUACUCCUCAGCCGAGCAAAUCAACCAGGACCUGAAUAUCCAGCUGUUGAAGGAUGGUUACCGGCUGGACGAGAUCCCUGACGACGAAGACCUGGACCUGAUCCUGCCCAAAUCUGUCAACCCCACCUGCAUGUGCUGCCAAGCCACCUCCUCCACCGCCUGUCAAAUCCAGUAG